GGAGGACUUCGGCUACGUUUUGUGGGGCCGUCCAGACCCCGCGGGUCACGCCGAUCCCGCCGGUCGCCCCCGUCCCCGGACACCGCAGCGCCGCGUCGUGUGGUUCACCACGGUGGGGCUGUUCAUCCUCGGCCCGACGAUGUACUUGACGUGGGCGCUGGUCGUCGAGACGAAGAAGAACGUCAGCGAGGGCCUGCCGCACGUCUUCGUCAACUUUCUCCUCUCGUUCGCCGUGGCCGUGCCCACCAUCUGCUGCCUGCGGCUGCGGACCUUCGCCAGCGGCCUGCUCAGCGCGCUGCGACAGGACCUGGCGAACCCCGACCUGACACCAGAGCGCGUGCUGAAGUAUCGGCGCACCUGGACGCAUCUAACCAACCUGAGCAGCGGCUUCAUCGUCACGCCCGUGUCCAUGCUGCUCGUGACGGUGCUGCUCGUCAUCCUGUCCACGCUGCACUCGUAUGAGACAGUGGAGAGGCUCACGGCCGGCGAAGCACAGGUGGGAUGCAUGAUAUGGCUUAUCGGAGUACCGUUCCUUUUCCUGCUGUUCGUCCUCUGUGAGAUCCCGCACCGGUCAGCUGACGUGAUCCGUCGUCGAUUUAUGAACGUUCUGCAGAUGUCCUACUGUCGUUACAGAGACGACAGGAGCUAUCACGAGCUCCACAGAUUUCUGGAGAUUAUUUGGUGGAAUAGUCCAGUUAUGACGAUCAGCGGGUAUUUUGAACUUCAAAGGAGCUCAUUUAAAGCAGUAUGUGCAUAUGAUCCUAACCAAGUCAAAACUCACUGUCUUGUGUUAAUCCACAGUUGUUCAUUCCAGAUUGUUACAGUCAUUGUGACAUAUGUCAUUGUUAUUCUUCAGUUUCAUUUAAGCAUUAACAACUCGGCAGAACUUACCCGAUGGAAUGGUACCCAAGCUAUGUUGUCAGUUAAUGAAAGUGUUACAGCAACAGUUACCAAUAAGCACAAAACUUAGUGUUAAUAAAGAAUAACAGUGUACUUUAUAAAUCAAACUUUAAUUUUCACUGAUAAACAAUUGUGGAAGUCCUGUGAUCACAAUG